AUGGAGGACCAGGAGGAGGACAAGGGCGCUGGGUCCACACAUUACGCUAGGGCAAGGAUUUCCAGCCCAAAAACAUCAUUUGAGCUGUUCAUUACUGAAGAAGUGAUUCAGCUCAUCCUAAAGAAUACAAAUCUGGAGGGGAGACGUACAACAGAAGAUUGGAUGGAUGUAAACAAGGUGGAGCUGUGGGCUUUCAUCAGCUUGCUGAUCCUGGCUGGGCUGUACAGGUCCUGGAAUGAGGCGACACAGAGCCUCUGGGCUGAGCACACAGGAAGAGCAAUUUUUCGUGCCACAAUGUCCAGAAAGAGGUUCAUGCAGAUAAGCACAGCCCUCAGGUUUGAUGACCGCCUGUCAAGACCAGCACGUCAAAGGAGGGACAAGCUGGCUGCCAUCAGAGAACUGUGGGAUGUAUGGAGCACCCGCCUCCCUGUUCUCUUCACUCCAGGAAGAGAUGUAUGUGUUGACGAACAGCUGGUCCCUUUUAAGGGCCGCUGUUUAUUCAAAGAGUACAUUCCCAGCAAACCGGCAAAAUAUGGUCUCAAAGUCUGGGUGCUGUGCGAUGUGGAGACCUCAUAUGCCUGGAAAAUGCAGGUAUACACUGGGAGGUCUCCAGGAGCAAUGAGAGAGGUGAACCAGGGGAUGCGGGUCGCCCUUGAGAUGACAGAGGGACUUGAGGGUCACACUGUGACAGUAGACAACUUUUUUACUUCUUUUCCGCUGGCAGAGGAGCUACACAAGUGGAAGAUGACCCUGGUGGGCACCCUGAGGAAAAAUAAACCGGAGCUCCCCCCACAGCUUCUUCAGACCAGGCUGAGACCAGUCGUGUUCAGUCGCACCCAGACAGCUGUAUCAUACAUUCCAAAGAAGGGUAAGAAUGUGGUGCUGCUCAGCACAAAACACAGAGAUCCAGCAGUGGAGGAGGGGCCAAAGAGGAAACCAAAGAUCAUAGUGGACUACAAUCACUGCAAAGAUGCAGUCGACAACCUGGAUAAGGUUGUCGGCACAUACAGUUGCAGUCGGCGAUCCUCCAGGUGGCCGCAGACACUCUUCUGCAAUAUCUUGAAUGUCUCUGCUUUUAAUGCUUACAUCCUCUAUACAGAUGUGAAUCCCAGCUGGAAUGAGAGGAAACUUUUCAGGCGGCGCCUGUUUCUUGAGGAUUUGGGGAAAUCCUUAGUGGCCCCAUUGAUGGCAUGCAGACAACGCAUGCCACGGACAGCAGAAGCAGCUGAACUGGUGGCACAGGUCCAAGACCAAGUGGAAGAGCUAGCAGCAGCAGAGGCCAGGCCCUCAAAAAAGAGCCACAGGCAGUGCACAUUUUGCAGAAAGGAGCGAAGGUGUAUACCCAGUGUGCUAAGUGCAAUAAGUAUUUUUGCAAAGUCCACCUGACCAGUAUCUGCAGCUCCUGCUUCACUGGCUGAAUUCCCUCACU